AUGGAACUCAACAAUCUCACGCUCAAGCCAGACGGUAUUAAAGACGGUCCAUCUCUUCUUUUCGAUAAUGUAUAUCGCACCUACGAAGACGAUCAAAAUCCCGAAGCCCUCUUCGGAAAGGCGUUGCGCUAUCUUACUUCCUUGAGAGUGAAUCAUACAUCGGAACAACAAGAGAUCAUACAUACAGAGGUCAUGGAAUCUCUUUUUCACGCCAUUUACGGCAGUAAUAGCAUUGAGAAGGCCGGUCUAGGCUGGGAUGCCACACGGUAUCUGUGCUAUAAGACUCUCCAUGAGCCCAACUCCAUACUCGAAGUCAAUGAGGAUGAUUCAGACUUCAAUGAAAAGGUCCAAGAUCUAUAUGUUGCGGAUCCCACUUUACGAGAAAAGUCAAGAAGCCAUGUUGUUCGUGGCCGGCGUGAAGUCGUCCAGCACGUGAGAGCCUUCGAACAUAUGAUGGACAGGUUCUGGGUUCAUGGCGAAGACCUCACAGAGGAUCUCAUCAAGAAGACACAUGAGAUUCUUUGUAAGGGAGUAUCGAUCAUUGAUCCGGGUGCCGAGCAUCCGGAAGUACUCUAUGAGAAAUACGCAGGACAGUAUCGGGAUGUCCCUGUCGGCGCUGGAAACACCAUGUUCGUGAUGCCGCAAUACGUACCCGCAAAAAUGGCCGAGAUGUGCGCGAGUAUAAAAAACGAUAUCGACGGAAAAAAGAGGUUGGAUCCAUUUUCAAUCGCCGCCAAAUACUCGCUUCGGUUUGUUGAGAUUCACCCAUUUCAAGAUGGGAAUGGAAGAAUGUGUCGCAUCAUUCUCAGCGCCAUCCUAUUUCGGUACGUCGGUAUUUUCAUCUCAAUAAGGGAGACCCAAGAUGAUAUAAAUGAAUAUAUCAACAUUAAGAAGAGGGCGUCAAGAGAUAUGGAAGGUCACGGAGAGUAUGCUACGUUUGUGUUGAAGAAGAGCGUGAAGAGCAUACAGAAGCUGAAACAGAGGGUCAACGGGAAGAAAGCAGCAUAG